AUGGAUGAACAGGACGAUUUCUUCCUGGCUGCCUGCAUGGAGCUGGAGGGCCCCGAGCUGCCAGCAAGGUCCAGUGCUGCCCAGCUGCCCACAGAUGGAGAGAAGCCCCCAUGGAUAUGUGCAGCUCCUGUUCCCAAGCUGGUGCUGUGGCCCAGCGCAGCUGGUGUCUGCCCCCCCAGGCCCCCCACUCCACUGGGAAAGCCAGGCAUCUUGUGGGGCUCCAUCCCCACUCCUGGGGGUCCAGCCCUGAGGCCUCUCCGUGCAUCCCCAUGCCAGCCAGGAGAGAGCAGCUCUGCAGGGCAGAGCUGUCCCCCACGCCGGCUGCCCCCCAGACCCCCCAGCAACCCGACGGCCUUGAUGAGCUGUCCUGUAGACACCAACCAUCUCAUGCAGCUGGUGACAGCAGCUAGCAAAGCACCAGGGGCUGCCCCCUGCCUCCCACUGAAGACUCGCUGGUUCCCAGGGACUGCUGGAAUCCUGCCCCAAAAACAUGCUGGGAAGCUCCUGGAGGAGAUCCUCGUUUCUGCUCCCCAGACUCCAGCUCAUGGAGCUGUGGUGAAGCUGCAGAUGGAGGAAUUGCCCAGCUCCUCACUGUCUGCAGAAGAGGAUUUUGGGAAGGGGCUAGAUGAGAGGGACCCUGGGUGCUUCUACAGCGUGGUCAUGGUGCUGCGGAAGGCAGCCUUGAAGCAGCUCCCGAAGAACAAGGUCCUCAGCAUGGUGGUAAUGAUCAAGACACUGACCAGGACCAACGUUGAUGCUGGUGCCAUGUUCAGGGACCCAACUGGUGUGUCUGGGCUCAUGCCUGGGUUGGAUUGGGAGAUACUGCUGGAAGAUAGACACUGUGAACUCAAGCCUGGCUCAGUGCUGCUCCUGAAGCAGGUGGGCGUCUUCUCCCCAUCCCACCACAAUCACUACCUCAACGUCACCCCCACCAACCUGCUCAAGAUCUACCCACUGGAGCCUGAGGGCAGCUUCUCCCAGCCAUCGCCAGUGCAGCAGGAGGUGAGGGAGGGCACAGUGCUGCUGGCCCUGGAGACCUGGGAUGCUGAGACCUGCCAAGGGUCCCUGCCUGUUGCCGCCACCGGCAACACCACCAGGCCACCCACACGGAUUACUCAGCCCCCCCACUGA